GAGCGCCGUUAGCCGCGGGACAACACAAGCUGAGGCCGGGAUACACCGUCUACCCGCCGGUGGAAAAGUAAAGGCUCCCCCGCUGAAUGCCUUGAAGAAAGGGGGGAGUGUGAAAUUGCUGUGAAAGGAGAAGAAUCGGUUGAGAUUUAAAAAUGAUUGAAACAAUGGACACGCAGCGUGCCUUGCAGGCGGUGGAGCGUCUCCAGGCCAAGCUGAAGGAGCGAGGCGAGGUGCCCGCCGAGGAGAAGCUCAGCCUGCUCAAGUCCGUGCUCCAGAGCCCCCUCUUCCACCAGAUCCUGGCCCUGCAGAAGUCGGUCCAGCACAUCAGGGAGCAGGGGAGUGUCCCGUCAUCACGAGGCACUGACACCAUUGAUCAACUCACAGCAGCGAAGCCCAAUGGAAGCCACGUUUCCUGCUCAGAUGCAUCUGACGCUACGCACACUAAUGGAAAGACACCGUCUGAAGAGUUUGAGCACAUCAUCCAGUCCAUGGCACAGGGGCGCUACGUGACUCAUGUGGAGCUGCAGAAGCCUGUGUCGGGGGGUCUGGGCUUCAGCGUGGUGGGUCUGAAGAGCGAGAACCGUGGCGAGCUCGGCAUCUUCAUCCAGGAAAUUCAACUGGGAAGCGUGGCUCACUGCGAUGGGAAGCUCAAAGAAGCCGACCAGAUCUUGGCCAUCAAUGGUCAGCCCCUGGACCAGACAGUGACCCACCAGCAGGCCAUAGCCAUCCUGCAGUGCGCCUCGGAGAGGGUGCAGCUCAUAGUGGCCCGAGGACCGAUACCUCAGCUGGCCAGUCCCGUGGUGUCCCGCACGCCCUCCGCCGCCAGCACGCUGUCGGCCAACUCCAGCACGUUGCAGCACGUCGAGACCAUUGAGCUAGUCAACGAUGGCACUGGCCUUGGAUUCGGGAUCGUGGGAGGCAAGACCACCGGGGUCAUCGUCAAAACCAUCCUUCCUGGAGGCAUAGCUGAUCAGGACGGCCGCCUGCGCAGCGGGGACCACAUCCUGAGAAUCGGAGACACUGACCUCCACGGCAUGGGCAGCGAGCAGGUGGCGCAGGUCCUCAGGCAGUGUGGCAAUCGGGUGAAGCUGGUGGUCACCAGGGGCCCCGUGGAGGAGAGCGCCUCGGCCUCGGCUGUCAUGCCAGUGGUGCUCCCCACUGUCAAUGAACAACAGGGCUACGAGGAAGAGGAGAGUGAAGCGUUCGAUGUGAGCCUCACCAAGAACAACCAGGGACUGGGGAUCACUAUCGCUGGCUACGUUGGGGAUAAGAAUUUGGAGCCCUCUGGUAUUUUCGUUAAGAGCAUAACAAAGGACAGCGCCGUAGAUCAAGAUGGCCGCAUUCAUGUUGGAGACCAGAUAAUCGCUGUCGACCGAGUGAACAUACAGGGAUACACCAACCAGCAGGCCGUGGAACUGCUCAAACACACCGGCCAGGUAGUCCACCUUCAGCUGAUCCGGCGGGGCUUCCGGCCGGACGAGAUCCCCCCCGCCGUGACCCCCAGCGUCACUAUCCUGCCGUCCUCCACCACCAUCCCCACCACCACCAUCGUCCUGAGGGAGCUGGAGCUGGAGAGGAAGGAGGCCGAGGAGCCAGUGCUAGUCACCGCAGAUGAAGAGCCGCCGCAGACAAAGAGUGAAGGAUCUGAUGUCAGCGCAGCCAUGGAUCAGCUAACAGAAGACAAACAUGAGAUGAGGCUAACACCCUUCGAAGAGGAACGACUGAUGAAGAAGUGGGAGGAGAUUCUGGGUCCGAGUAAUGAAGUAGUUGUGGCUCAGGUGGAGAAGUACAGUGAGCACAGCGGCCUGGGGAUCAACCUGGAAGCCAACAGUGGACAUCACUACAUCCGCUCUGUUCUACCGGAGGGACCCGUUGGUCGCUGUGGCAAGCUGUUCAAUGGAGAUGAGCUGCUCGAGGUCAACGGCAUCUCUCUGAUCGGCGAGACCCACAAGGAAGUGGUCCGCAUCUUGAAGGAGCUCCCGCUGUGUGUGAGCGUGACAUGCUGUAGACCCGCCCCUCACCUGCAGACUGACAUGGACGCUGUUCCACCAAAACCAGAGGCUUUGCCCAAUCCAUUCAAACUGAAGAAAGAAAUAGACCUGAGCAGCAUACUGGCUGCAGAAGAGUCAGAGGCGAACAGAGGAGCGGCGGAGCUGGAUACUGUGACAGAGGAGGCAAUAGGAUCUCCUUUGGCUAUGUGGGAGCUGGCGAUCCAGAAUAUCGAGCUGGAGAAGGGCGAAGGGGGACUGGGAUUCAGUAUUCUGGACUACCAGGACCCGAUGGACUCGGCCAAGACGGUGAUCGUGAUUCGCUCGCUGGUCCCCAACGGCGUGGCAGAGCAGGAUGGCCGACUGUUGCCCGGGGACAGACUCAUGUAUGUGAACAGCACCGACCUGGAGAACGCCAGUCUGGAGGAUGCCGUCCAGGCCCUGAAGGGGGCCCAGCUCGGCCAGGUCCAAAUCGGAGUCGCCAAACCGCUGCCUGGAAUAUGUGGAUAUUCCCACUCUCCACACUCAUAUGGUGAGCAGGAAAUAACUCCAUCAUCCAUCAUCCAUUCAUUUGACCUCACCAGUAUUUUGGUUGAAGGAGGAGAGGAAGAAGAUCUGGCUGAGGGCAUCGUGUACCGAGCAGAGCCGGCAUUGAUUGACACCGGUGAAGCAGACCUGUCUGAUGAAAGGGUGUUGGAUCAUUCUUACUCUGGAAUGGAGGACGACACGUUCCAGGCGUCCAUGAUCGCUCUUCACGGUAGCAGCUGUAGCGCAGAUCUGGAUUACUUGCACUCCUCCACGCCCAAGCUGACAGCCCGCCUGCAGGUGCUGGACGAGCAUCCCCGCUUUACGGCACCGUGCGGCCUCGGAGACGACACCGAGGCGUUCACACCAGAGAAGUCGGCCUCUUUCUCUCCUCCGAGUUUCAGAGGUCAGCUCCCGUCCUAUCAGGCUGCACUCGGCGGCUCCGAUCACUUCCUGGCUCAUCGCGUGACCAAAGAACCGGUGGAGUUCUCAAACUCUUACAGCCAGUUUGCUGAAUCAGGAACCGGAUUGAUUGCACUGGAGGAAACCUUGGAGUCCGGUCACUACCUGGAGGAGCCCCCGCCCAUCUCUUUUGGAGAUAUUAGAGAUAUACAGAUUUUGAUAAAGGACGAGGAGGCCGGCGUGAAAGAACCCGAAGAAGACGGAGACAAGGAAGCUGUGACCUUAGGGAGCCAUUUUGAAAGGACCAUCACUGUUGUCAAGGGCAACUCCAGCCUGGGCAUGACAGUGAGCGCCAUGAAAGAUGGUCUGGGGAUGCUGAUCCGCAGCAUAAUCCACGGCGGGUCGAUUAGCCGCGAUGGACGUCUCGGUGUCGGCGACCUCAUCCUGGCCAUUAACGGAGAGCCCACCGCCAACAUGACCAACGCCCAGGCUCGUGCCAUGCUGCGCAGACACUCCCUCAUCGAACCGGACCUGGGAUCUGCUUGUUCACCCGAGGACGAUCUGUGCCCGUUCUAUGUAAUUACAUAUGUUCCAGCAGAAUAUCUCGAAGAGUACAAAACCAGCUCUGAGCAGGCUAAAGACGAUGGCUUCUCUGAAACAGCUCCGGCACCAGAUCCAGCUCCAAAAGAUAUUCCCAAUCUCCCUGAGCGUGAGGACGGAGAGGGAGAGGAAAGUGCCUCCUACAACAACUGGAACCAACCCAGGAAAGUGGAGCUGUUCAGGGAGCCGGGCAAGUCCCUGGGCAUCAGCAUCGUGGGGGGACGAGGGAUGGGCAGCCGCCUGAGUAACGGAGAAGUGAUGAGGGGGAUUUUUAUCAAACACAUCCUGGGAGACAGUCCUGCUGGACAGAACGGGACCCUGAAGACUGGAGACAGGAUCGUGGAGGUGGAUGGAGCGGACCUGCGGGAUGCUAGUCACGAGGAGGCAGUGGAGGCGAUACGCAGGGCAGGCAACCCCGUCUCCUUCCUGGUGCAGAGUAUUAUUCACAGGCCCAGGCCUGAGUCUAUAUGUAGCCCAGCCUCAUCGCCUUCUUUAGAGAAACACAGCACUGCUUUCACAUGCAUGCCGCAUCACACAUGUCAGGCGCUGAUAACAGACUCCGGUGAGGACAGAGCCGCGGCUGUAACCAGGGACAAGGACAAGGAGGGUGACAGUCUCAGUAGACUUUACCUCCGCCUCUCCCCAACUAACCCUUUCACUCCUACCCCGUUUAAGCCGGCGAAGCGUGAAGCGGCAAAGGCAUCUCCCACCAGCGCUGUCCUCCCCCUGCCAGUGAUGCCCCAUGUGGGAGAGACUGAUACAGACACGCUGACGGAGGUUCCUGGCAGACCCGCCGAGGCAGAGGAGGUGAACGAAGAGGAGGAGGAGGAGGUGGUGGAGGAAGAGGAGAUGGAGGAUGAGUUUGGAUACAGCUGGAAGAACGUGAUCCAGCGCUAUGGCGGCCUCCCAGGUGUCCUACACAUGAUUGAGCUGGAGAAAGGCAAGACAGGCCUGGGCCUCAGCCUGGCAGGGAACAGGGACCGCUCUCGCAUGAGUGUGUUCGUGGUGGGAAUAGAGCCCAGUGGGGCGGCCUGCAGGGACGGGCGCAUGGUGGUGGGGGACGAGCUGCUGGAGAUCAAUGGGCAAGUCCUGUACAGCCACAGUCACCAGAACGCAUCCUCCAUAAUCAAGAGCUCACCAUCAAAAGUCAAAAUCAUCUUUGUCAGGAACACAGAGGCGCUGAACCAGAUGGCUGUGGGACCUGUGAGGGAGCGCGAGGGAGACACAGCGGUGCCCCAUGCUGAGCUGGAAACAGAGGCCGCUAAUGGCGAUGCCGAUGCUUCCCAAUAUCUCCAUCAUGUCAUCCAGCUGAAGGACGACGGAGGACUUGGAUUUGCUUCUGUCGAGGGGAACACCGAGAGUGGAGAGGAAAUUCAUGGUGCAUCAGAAGUGGAAGGACCUUCCUUCCUCUCCUCUCUACAGUCGACUUACCAGGACGGGGUUUCCUCAGAUGGGGUCCUCGCGGGCUUACCCAGCAUGCCUUGCGACGCCGAGGUCUUGUUGAUACCGGCAGAGGCCGAAGACGACACGAAUCUGAGCCGCUCCUCCAGCCCUUCCACUCUGGCCUCUGACCCGUCGACCUGUCCCAUCAUCCCCGGCUGUGAGACCACCAUCGACAUCUCCAAGGGCCGCACAGGCCUGGGCCUCAGCAUCGUGGGAGGCUGCGACACUCUGCUGGGGGCCAUCAUUAUCCACGAGGUCUAUGAAGAAGGGGCAGCCUCCAAAGAUGGCCGGCUAUGGGCAGGAGACCAAAUCCUGGAGGUGAACGGCAUCGACCUGCGUGCAGCCAGUCACGAUGAAGCCAUCAACGUGCUGAGGCAGACCCCCCAGAGGGUCCGGCUGGCGGUCUACAGGGACGAGGCCCAGUACAAGGAGGAGGACCUGUGGGACUCGUUCAGUGUGGAGCUGCACAAGAGGCCCGGCCAGGGAUUGGGCCUGAGCAUCGUGGGGAGGAGGAACGACACGGGAGUGUUUGUGUCCGAUAUCGUGAAAGGAGGUCUGGUGGAGACGGACGGGCGACUGACGCAGGGCGACCAGAUCAUGUCGGUCAACGGCGAGGACGUCCGGUCGGCCACUCAGGAGGCCGUGGCCGCGCUGCUGAAGUGCUGCGUGGGGCCUAUCAGCAUGGAGGUGGGGAGGUUUAAAGCUGGUCCCUUCCACUCUGAAAGAAGGCUGUCUCAAACUAGUCAGAUGAGUGAGACCGGCAUCUCCAAGGUGGCCGCCUCUCAGUCGUGUUCAGACUCUGGAAGCCUUCCCGUCGACCCUGACAAGACCGGCCAGGAAUCCCAGGAAUCCCCGGAGCAACAGGACACCAGAGCGGUGGAGUUCACCAAAGGGCCCAGCGACUCCCUGGGGAUCAGCAUAGCAGGCGGAGUGGGCAGCCCCCUGGGUGAUAUACCCAUCUUCAUCGCCAUGAUGAACCCCGUCGGCCUGGCGGCUCAGACCCAGCAGCUAAAGAUCGGGGACCGAAUUGUCAGCAUCUGUGGAACCUCUGCUGAAGGCAUGAGCCACUCGCAGGCCGUCACUCUGCUCAAGAACGCCACGGGCACCAUCCAGCUGCAGGUGGUAGCAGGUGGUGACACGACCGUGACCGGUCCCUCUCAGGAGCAGGCGGCAGCAGGACUCACGCCCAGCUGCAUUUUCCAGGAUGAAAUAGGCCCCCCUCAGUAUAAGAGCAUCACUCUGGACCGAGGACCAGACGGACUUGGCUUCAGUAUAGUCGGCGGGUACGGGAGCCCUCACGGAGACCUGCCUAUCUAUGUGAAAACCGUUUUCGGAAAGGGAGCGGCGGCGGAGGACGGGCGGCUGAAACGAGGAGACCAGAUCAUGGCUGUUAACGGACAGACCCUGGAGGGCGUCACUCACGAAGAAGCUGUGGGCAUCCUGAAGAGAACCAAAGGAACUGUCACGCUCACUGUGCUUUCAUAGACAGACACAUAUACAAACAAACACACACAAACACACACAAUAGAGCUCACACCAGCAGUAUUUCCCAUCUGGGCGGUUGUGUCGAAAGCACCGGAUGCAAACUGACAUAUGAAGCAACCCACACACCGAUAAUAAUGAAGUAGCCUGUGGCCCCAUGUAGCUCUGAACACUGUGAUCCAUGAAGCCGACUAGAUGGAGACUUGCGUACAGUAUAUUUCACACGAAUCAAUCACACAAAUCAUGCUUGUAGAAAAAUGAAUUUAUACUUUUAUUUUGUACUAUCUUCUCAUUUUGAUUAGUUAUCAUGUGGUAAACAGUAUUAGAAACAAUCCAUGGCUCUGGAUUGAAAUAGACACAUUUAAGCAAUAGCAGCAAUAUUGAAAUAUUUCCACAAAUAUUUCUAUUUUUGUUUUAUUUUUACAGUCUGAGGUGCGCGUCACUUCCCACUAAAUUCAGAGCAUGACAGUAUUCUUUCCUUUAGGCGACAAACAAAUUAGCAGGACCGAGAUAAUGACAUGAUGUAUUAGCCGAAAACAGCGUUAUUCGCCUUUUACGCUUAAUUCACUCUACUAUGAAUUCCCCCAAAAGGCUGAUGCUGCUGUAACUGGUUUUUACUCCUCACCAAGUCACUGUUGUUUCAGUGCACGCGGCCUGCAAAGCAUUUUUUCUUCACGUGCUCCAGGGGCGAAAACGCCUGCUAUUGUAAAUACACUGUGUGUUGACACAUUUCUGAAGGGAAACGUGUGAAACCCUUGGAGUGUUGUUUGUUGUUUUUUUUGUACACACUUGACUAGUUGAGGAACUGUGAGCGUGUGCAUGUAUGUGUGUGUGUGUGUGACCUAUUCACUGAGAUAUAGUGCUGCUAAAGCUGAUAUAAACGUAUUACGUCAAAGUACUCGGAUUUUUUAAGUAUUAAUUAUGGUCCGCUUGAUGAAGGUGCACGGAAAAGCAAACGAUCCGCUAUCUAGGGUCGGAGUGGACGAGUGGUUCUUGUUGUCAGGUGGAUUAUAUAACGGACCUGAGCUCAUUUUGACCGUGUUGUUGUUUACCCCAGAACAAAGACAUCCAGUGUUUUAGGAAGUCCUGAAGGAAUCUGUUGUGUUGUGUAGUGUCGGGGAGAAAGUUGACAGUUAUCUUUCUUCUCACUUGGAAAUGUGGCUCCGGUACCGUCAAGGGGACGGUAAUGGAUUCUAUUCACACUGAAUUAAAUAAAAGUGACCUUUGGAUUCA